UACUAGUCUUGUUUGGAACCAAAUGAAACACUUUUCUUUAACCGAAAUGAAACAUAAUUUUUACUGUGUUUUGGUGAGACUGCGGAAACACAUCUGAGUACGGCCACAAAACACGAAGUUGGCGCCAAACCUCCACAACUCUCCCGCCAAAACCCAGAAAGGAGCGAAGCCAAAUAAUUCUCAAUCACUCCUCCCCGAUCCAAUCCAUUAUCCAUCGUCCCAUCUCGCCGUCUCUUGGCAAUCCAUGGCGGCGGCGGUGCCCACCGGCUGCUACAAGUGCGGCCGUCCGGGCCACUGGUCCCGCGACUGCCCCUCCGAGCCCGCCGGCGCCGGCGCUGCAUCCACCGACAACCCUAACCCUAACCCCAACCCCAAACCCAGCGCCUCCCGCUUCGCCCCUUACCCGAGGCCGAGGUUCGGGAAGAGUGCCGCGGCGGCGGCGGCGGCAGAAGGGGAGGACGGGAGUGGCGGCCAGGCGCAGGGUAAGAAGAAGAAGAAGGAGAGGGCGACGCGGCCCAAGCUCACUCCGGACUUGCUGCUCUCCGAUGACGGCCUUGGCUUCGUCCUCCGCUACUUCCCCAAGGCCUUCAAACCCCGCGCCCGCCCCGGCCACGAGGUAGAGGAUCUUGGUAAUCUGAUCAAGCUAUACACAGACUGGCACUCUCGCUUGAUUCCUUAUUACUCCUUUGAUCAGUUUGUGCGAAAAGUCGAGAAAGUGGGGGCUAGUAACCGUGUUAGGAGAUGCGUUUCUGAACUGAGGGACAGGGUUGCCAGAGGGGGAGAUCCUACCCUACUGCAUGAACCGCCGGUCGAAGUCAUCCCAGAGGGCGAACCAGAUGGAGCCACAGCUGAAGACCCAAUUUUUGGGACUGAAGUUCCGGCGACCGAAAACCAUGGCGUGGACCAGGUGCAAGAAGAUAUAGACAUACCGGUCGAAAGCAACGAUGUGGAUCCCAUGCAAGAAGAUCUCCUUAAUGAAAUCUACAAUAAGGAAGCUGAUGAGCCACAAAUCCCAGCUGUUGGAGGAACAGCCGAGGAAACCACACCGGCCAUGGCUCCAAAGGAAGCGAAACCACAAGAUGAUCCACCACGAGAAGCGCAGAACCAACCGGGCAAGAUUCAGCUGACCGAAGAGCAGAGGGCGCGCAUGGAGGCAAACCGGCUCAGGGCCUUGGAGAGGGCAGCAGCGGCGCGUGCUCGCGCCUCGCAGCCGGCAUAGCUAGCAAGCAACCAGCUACAUACUCAACUCAGUUACCUGCAUCUUCGCUUGUUAUUCCCUUGCAUUGCAUUGCACCUGUCGACCCCUGUGAUGGAUGUAUUACAUGGCACAGUAAUCAGCACAACUCUGUUGUUAUUGUGCUACUGCCUGAAUAGCAUGUGCAAUGGUGUUUUGCUGAACUUGAGGCUUGGUGCUGAAAGAAUCUGAUAUUCUGAUGUACAUGCUUCAUGCUUGUAGCACUGGUUGUUUACGCCAUUGUUCCACAGUGACCGAGUCUACUCCUGAUUUAUGGCGUCGAUGAGUUGGGCGUUUGGCUACUAUAGUCGUGUGUCAAGAUCCUGGACCAUCUGAAGAUUCUACGUCCCACUGCUGAUUGCUUGCUUCCUGCUGAAAUCUGAAUUCGGAAACACCUUAUGUUCUAAUCUAGUAGCAGGAUGGACAGUGAAGUUCUUUUCCGUUUCUAGGUUUCUUUUUCACCCAAGCGAAAGACGGACCUGGUUUCCAGGUUCAUGUUUGUCUGACUUGUUUUAGCUUUUGUGAUGAUGUUGAUCGAAUACCUGGUUUCCAGGAUGGGACUGAAAACAGGUAUCCCCAGUUUUCUCGUUUAUUGUAAAACUUAUUUUAGGGGGUUUCUUUAUUAAGUUGGGUCCAAAUGACAUCAUUAUUUCACAAACGGUCCAAACGGAUGAGACGAUAUCAGAUGCCUCCGUUUGUUUUGAGUGUGUGUUAGGCGGCGCAUCGGCGGGUGUGAAUAAGCAACUAUCGUCUCAUCCGGACGAGCCGACCACUGAAAUCGAAUCCGAAGUCCCAACUCCCAACCACUGCUCUCUCCCGCGAGAUAAAGAGGUGUGCCUUCGUCUUCCUCUUGACACUCCAUCCGGCCCCCUUUUCUAGCUAGCGGCACGCGAGAAACCAAAACUACUACGAGUCCUGCUGCUUGAAG